AUGUUCCCUACAGUCCCCAUCAACAGCAGCAGAUAUUCCCCUGUUUUAUGCAAUAGCUCACAAAGCAAUUCUGUUGAACCAUUUCAUGGCAAGCGUCCCUCGACCAAAUCAGCCACCUCAUCAGGUCGUUUUGCGAUCAAGGUUACAAGCCCUGUAAUGCAACCCAUAACCUCAGAGCCAUUGGGAGAGGCCACUGGAAUUUCGACUACACCUCAUACUGCUGGGCAUCCAUCAGUUCCUUUGAAACAUCAUCCUGGUGAAGUGCUAGCUCAAUGCGACCUGGUGCUCGAUUUCAUCCUCCAGAAGCCUUGUGAAAAAUACUCCAAAGUGUUUUCCCGUGUAACGCCCUACCACUACAACACCAUACUGCACGCAGUAGAAAAGCUUGCAGGAAAACCGAGAUUAUUCUACAACUACGAAAAUUUUCAACUUGAGGUCGAAAUGCCCUCAUGCAUCCAUGAUUCCAUCGUGAAUGUCAUCCGAUGUGGCCUGGAAUCUGUGGAUAAAAUGCUACAUGAUCUUAUCAUCGGACAACUCAUACAUACCGAAGUACACCCUAGCUUAACAUUGAACACUGGAAAGAAGGAAUUCGUUCCAGACUGUGUUCACAUCGUCACCGCCCGCAGCAAUCCCCCCGUUAGGAAGAUCCCCUCCCUGGUUGAAGUAGCGUACUCGCAAGCGGAGACCCCACUUCUGGGCAGGUUCUGA